CACACAAACAAACAUUACGCGGGAGGCAGCAGCUUUUUUAGAGCGCUGAGGGAGUAGAUGCGGUGAUAUCAUGAACAUAGCCGGCGAGGAGAGAGAAAAAGAGACAGAGAGGACGAGAGAGGGGAGGGAUGGAGAGGGAGAGGAGGGGAGGCCAGCUGAGGAUGCUUGUUGUUUCUAGAAGGAGGAUUAAUCACCGGGCCGAGCGUUGAUCCUCCACCGGCACACGGGGCGCAUCUCUCGCCGCUGCAGCUGUUCCGACUGCGGCUGCAUUACGCCUGUCUCUGCCGGUCUCUGCCCGAGGCUGUUCCCCUUCUUCUUCUUCUUCUUCUUCUUUUUUUUUUUUUUUAAAUGCUCUUCCCCCUCUUCCUCUAGUUUCCUGAUGCAGGGUCGGGGAGGGGUGAGCCAAAGUGUGCACCGGAUAUUGGAAAACCCAUUCUUCUUGCUGAUGCUGUUGGGAUAAUAGAUUAUUAUCUGGACAUCGCCGCAUCUGCACAGAACGACACAUCCGGACUAAAACGAGGCCCUGGCUGCAGAAGAAACGGGAGCUUGGGAGGAUUUUUGAAACAUUUUUUGAACGGUAGCCGAGCAGUUCAACGAGGAGGGGUCCCUGAUAUCGAUCAGUGAAUGGAUUCAAUCAGAGCAUUCUGACUUUGGAUAUUUGAGACUGUGCUCUUAAUGAAAUCAAUUUGUGGCAAAUGUAGCCUUCCUGUGCAGGUUUGAAUCAGAUCUUUCUGUCUUGCUCCACUUUUGCCCAGCUCCAUAAGCUCCAUAGGAUCCAAUAAGCUUUACUGUUUGAUGGGACACAUUAUAGUGGAUGUUACCUCCUGGUCAAACCUCACACCUCCUCCGCUUUCUGGUCUUUUCUACCUUUCCCUCUGAAUGAUGCUGCUUUAGUGCAAGAGACACAAACCAAGCCCGGGAGAUACUUUAUUCCGGGCCUCAUAGGAUGGAAACUGGGCCGGUUCUCACUCCUGACCGCAUGACAAACAAGUGUAUGGGAGUAGCCUGCAGGGCCCGGCUUUAGAUCACGACUAGUCCCCCCCGUACCUCUCCUCAGCUCCUCACCGCCCUGGGAUGUCUGUUACGGCAUUUAUACACACGGAGCAGGAGCGACCACUAUCUUGAUCUGCCUUAUAUCAGGACUAGAAUUGCAUCUCAGAAAAGGAUGAGCAGCAAGGAGCUGACAGUGGGCCAGUCCACCCAAUAUGUGGGGCCUUACCGGCUGGAGAAGACCCUCGGGAAGGGCCAGACAGGUAGGAGCCCCGAAAUCUCACCUCCUGUGUUGUAGCAAGGCAAAAAAAAAAAAAAAAAAAAAAGGACGUCUGUUAAGGCGCUCCGGCUGAUCCCCAAAUCAUGUAUUCAGAGCUCAUGGUUAAGUCCUUACUCCCUCUGGUAUUACUCUGCUGAAACCCUCUUAAGGGAUAUCCUCAAAAGCAUUACAGGGUAUACAUUCAAGGUCUCCCAAUCCUUUUUUUUUUUGUGAGCUGAGUUUGGUCAAUGUUUGUGACAUUGUCAGUAAAGCUUUUUGAAUUAUUUAUGACAUCCCCUUCUUCCUGUUUUCACACUGCAUGAUGAUUUCUUAUGCUCAAACAUUUCCCUCCUCCGUGUGUGUGUGUGUGUGUGUGUGUGUGUGUGUGUGUGUGUGUGUGUGUGUGUGUGUGUGUGUGUGUGUGUGUGCGUGUGUGCGUGCGCGUGUCAGGUCUGGUGAAGUUGGGUGUCCACUGUAUAACAGGACAGAAGGUAGCCAUAAAGAUUGUCAACAGAGAGAAACUCUCCGAAUCAGUUCUUAUGAAGGUGGAGAGAGAAAUAGCUAUUCUUAAACUAAUAGAGCACCCUCACGUUCUGAAGCUGCAUGAUGUCUAUGAGAAUAACAAAUACCUGUACCUGGUGUUGGAGCAUGUGUCUGGUGGAGAGUUAUUUGACUACCUGGUAAAGAAGGGCAGACUGACUCCCAAAGAGGCCAGGAAGUUCUUCAGACAAAUCAUCUCUGCCCUUGACUUCUGCCACAGUCACUCAAUAUGUCACAGAGACCUGAAGCCAGAGAAUCUUCUCCUGGAUGAGAAGAACAACAUCAGGAUAGCAGACUUUGGCAUGGCCUCACUACAAGUUGGUGACAGCCUGCUGGAAACCAGUUGUGGAUCCCCACAUUAUGCUUGCCCAGAGGUCAUAAGGGGGGAGAAGUAUGAUGGUCGCCGUGCAGAUGUUUGGAGUUGUGGAGUGAUUCUUUUUGCUCUUCUUGUGGGUGCCUUGCCCUUUGACCAUGAUAACCUGCGGCAGCUUUUAGAGAAAGUGAAGAGUGGGGUAUUCCACAUGCCCCAUUUUAUACCUCCUGACUGCCAGUCUUUGCUCAAAGGAAUGAUAGAAGUCAACGCUGACAAGAGACUUACGCUAGAAGCAAUACAGAAACAUGCCUGGUACCAGAGUGGUCGUAAUGAGCCCUGUCCAGAACAGCCGCCCCCUCGCCGGGUGUGUGUGAAGAGGAUCGUGUCCUUAACAGAGCUGGACCCUGACGUCCUGGAAAGCAUGUACUCCUUAGGGUGCUUUAGAGACCGGGUGAAACUCACACAGGACCUUACAAGUGAGGAGGAGAACCAGGAGAAGAUGAUCUACUACCUCCUGUUGGACAGAAAGGAGCGAUACCCCAGCUGUGAAGACGAGGACCUGCCACCUAGAAAUGACUUAGACCCACCUAGGAAGCGAGUGGACUCCCCUAUGCUCACGCGUCAUGGUCGCUGUCGUCCUGAGAGGAAAAGCUUGGAAGUUCUCAGUGUCACAGAACAGGGGUCUCCCACUCCACCUCGCAGGGCCCUGGACACCAGUGCACACAGCCAGAGGUCUCGUUCAGUCAGCGGAGCGUCCACAGGUCUGUCCUGCAGUCCUCUCAACAGUCCCAGGAGCCCGGUCUUCACUUUCAGCCAAUCAGAAGUCACCCCCACCUCAACUUCCUCAUCCAAAGACCAAAAAGCAGGAAGUGCCACCUCUCGAGCCACCCGCCCGACGCCUGACCCAAAAACCCAAACACUGCCCUCAAAGGGCCCCACUGAGCGACUGCAGCUUCACUCCAUGAAGUCCCUCCCUCUGCAGACACCACGCUCCCCCUCCCCGUCCCCCUCCCCCCUCCUGUCCCCCAUCCCACGCUUCUUCAACUUCCCCUCUCCAUCUGUCUUCAAGUCUAAGAACGUCCACUCUUCCUCUAACUCCUCUGCCACCCCUCCUCCUGUGUCGCAGGUCACGCCGCAGGGCUCACCGCUGCCCACCCCACUGGGCACGCCUGUGCACCAAAUCCAACACCCCUCCUCCACCACCCCUCCCUCCUCUUCCUCCUCGUCUUCUUCUUCCAGAGCGGAUGGAGCUGGCGGGGCCUCGCUGUCGCUGACACCGCCGUCUAGCCCGGGUGGCAGUGGUGGUCUGGCUGCCUCUAGCUCCGCCCACUGGAGAACAAGGCUGAACUCGUUCAAGAACAACCUUUUGGGCUCGCCGCGCUUCCAUCGGCGCAAACUGCAAGUCCCAACAUCAGAGGACAUGUCCAGUUUGACUCCAGAGUCUAGUCCAGAACUGGCUAAGAAGUCGUGGUUUGGUAACUUCAUCAGCCUGGAGAAAGAGGAGCAGAUCUUUGUCUUGAUUCAAGACAAGCCUCUCAGCUCUAUCAAAGCUGACAUCGUCCAUGCCUUCCUCUCCAUCCCGUCCCUCAGCCACAGUGUGGUGUCUCAGAACAGUUUCCGGGCAGAGUACAAGUCCUCCGGCGGCCCCUCUGUCUUCCAGAAGCCUGUCAAGUUCCAAGUUGACAUUGCUUUCUCUGAGGGGGAGAGAGAGCGAGAGAGAGAGCGAGCAGAGAGGGAAGGAAAAAGAGAGUUGGGCAUCUACAGCGUCACCUUCACUCUAAUAGCAGGUCCCAGUCGCAGGUUCAAGAGAGUGGUGGAAACCAUACAGGCUCAGCUGCUGAGUACUCAUGAUCAGCCAUCUGUGCAGGCAUUGGCUGAUGAGAAGAACGGUCAGCUUUCCCGUCAGCCCAGCACUCCAUCACGGCAAAACUCCCAGCGCUCUGAAAGCGGUUCAGAGCGGGAGCGGGGAGAGAAGGAUCGUGCAACUGAUGGGGUAAGCGGAAGUGGGAGUAGCAGCGGGACGGUCUUACAAAGGCGAGGGUCGGGAAAGGACAAGACCAGACUCCUCUCGUCGUCCAACGGGACACAAUCUCAUCCCUGAAAAGAAUGUUUUGGAAGAGAGGCGAAGGCGAGGGUCUUAUAAGUCGCCAAUUUUCUCUUCCUUCCCUCAACCCGGCCCACAUUCUUUCCUUACCUAUUUUCUUACUUCCUGUCUUGCUUCCUUCUGUUAUUCCAAAGCAAUGGGACAGAGGAGGGGAAGUUCUUCCUGAUGAAGGGGUAUGACAGAGAAUUCUCCACCAGUUGCUGUCCAAGAAGUCCCACCAGAGGAAACACAGGAAAAGCUUACAGCCAAGCUAACACACAGUGAACCGGCUCCGAAUUUAGAAAGCACAUGACUUUCCAACCAACCAAUCACAUGCAACUAAAGGUUCAAAUCCUACAGGAAUCCUCCCAGCAGUCACCUAAAUGAGAGCGUCCAUUAAGUCAUGCUCAUUUAACAAUUUCUGGAAUGUCACCGGGUUCAUCAAACCUCCUCACGAGCAUAUUCACAAGUAAAGGAAGGGAGGGUGUAGUCUGAGAAAGGAUGGAAAAUUACAGAAUAAGGCUUGUUUUUUGAAGUGGAUAUUAUCUCUUAAUAAUUAGCAAAACUUCAAAUACCAUACUUAACCCAUCAGUUAGUCUGAAAGCGGAGGAAAACGUGCAAAGAAAUGACAGGAAAUGGAUGUGACAAGGUCUAUAUGAUGUAGCCCUAGAGCUAUGUGAAUAUCAAUAUCAGACAGACAAGAUACAACUUUUCUUUGUGUGUAUGAGCAGCAUAGAGUCCCAUAAUUAUUUCUGAAGUAGAUAGAUGAAGCUAUGAUACCGCAUUGCCUUUAAUAGAGGAGAAACAGUGGAGAGCUAGCUAGAUCUAGCCCCAUUUUAAGGACACUUGUCACAACACAGGUAGAAUGUCUCACAAGGACAGAUUUCCACUAGAGUGCGAGGUGAUAGGUGAAUAGUUAGACCAAGAAAAACAGGUUAGCUAGCAGCAAGAAUUUGGUAGCACUGGAAGAAGAAAAGGAAAAAAAAGCAUCUAAAAAUGUAGGCCGUCUCAGUAAAUCAUGUCAAACGAAGGGCGACAGCAAUCAUGUGCCAUAAGUACAUUUUUAAGCUUUAUUGUAGUCAUUUUUUCCUCCUGUAUAUACUGGCUGUGAAGCAAUCCUUUCCAAAUGCAUCUCCAUUGUGAACAACAGGGAACAAAAUUCUUAGUCAUUGUAAUAUCAAGUUUAAACUUAUGUGAGGCUACAGCAGUCUUAGAUUGAUUAGCAUUUUCUAAGCCCCAGCAGUUGUGCAGUCAUAGCUUAGCCUUCAUAACUAGCACGGCAGGCAGAGCAAUUUUAGCACAAAGCCAUAAAUAAAGCUUUAUAGUGCACUGAAGACUCCAUUAAGUUUCCUUUAGUUUUGUAUUUCAAAAGAACAUUCUACCAUUAGCUAAAACCAAAUGUUAGCUAACUUGCCUUUGUCAUGUAUUAGCAUUAUUGCUAACCAUGAGUUUAAUUUAUAGCUGCUAGGAUUUUUGGUUUCGAUACCAUGAAGCUAGCAUUUUGUCUAAGUAGUUUUGGGCACAAGCUUUCAGAGUUUUCUUAGGACAGAGAUUUGAUUUGCAAUUUGCUAUCACUGCUUUACCCUCAUAUUAGCUUAAGCUAAUUUGUAGUAGUGGAUUUUGCACUGUGGAUUUUGACACCUGUCUCUUUUAAUGGAGUCACUUAAUGAAAGUAUCACUUCACAGCCAGUAUAGAGAGGAAAUGAUAACACUGACCAACAACUGAGCGUACAUAUUAGCAUGUGAAUAUUGUGUGUUGAAUAUAAAAAAUCCAGAACUGUCCUUCAACCGAGAGGAUAAUUAUAGGUUCAUUGAAUUUUCGUAAUUGAAUACAGAUGACAAUAGAAAUGUGAAAAUCUGAAUAAAAAGUUGAUUCAACAGGACAACCAAUUAUUCCUAGACCAAAAGUAAGGCUACUGAAACCCUCCCCUUGUCCCUAAUGUUUGACAAUAGAUGCUGAACAAUGCAGGGUGACCCAAGGCCCCACCAAAAGCCUCCACUCUUUCUGCCUCUCUAAAGAAGACAUCAAGGGAGGAUAGUGAGAGGCGGGUGGAGAUGAAUAAAUAAUGAGCUUUCACAAGUAUGAAAACAAAUAAGCACGAGAAAAAAAGACUGUUGUGAUAAAAACCCUGUGCACAUUCUGUCUGGAGGGAGAAGAGGAAAAAUGAAGCCACACAUAAAGAAUGGAAUAUUUUUCCUGUGUUAUUUUUCCACUUUCCAUACCUAAUUUCUUUUUUCUUUUUUUUUUUACUCCGCUCUGGUCUUUUUGAGUUAUUAAGAAAUGUUUUAAUGUUUGCUGCAGUGCUGGCAAAAUGGAGGGAGACGCUACCAUGUGAAUGUCAAAAACUUUUUUGGAAUUGUUUCAAGAGUAUAAACACACUUUUGUUCCACAUGUUUUAUGAAAAUGUAUUUAUGUAAUUAUUUAUUUAUUUUAUUAUUUAUUCGACACGUAUCUGUUAACGCUGUGAUUGUUAUUUUCAUGAGAAGUAGGAGAAGGCUGGAUAAAAGGAAAAUACCACUUUAAAGAUGUCUGACCUAGCAGAGCAACCCAGCUUUUCUGAGAAAAAAAAGGGGGGAAAAUAACUCCACUUUUUCUGUCACUUUCUGAACAUUAAUGCUGCAGAAAUUCCUCCCUUCAUUAUCUUGUGUUUUUACCUAUUUGUGUUGUUUUGUUCAUUCAGUACUGUUUGCCACCAUAUGUUCACAUUGUAUGACACUAUUUAUAAUAUCCAUUACCACAGUGAGAAGCUCCACAUGGAAGAUUUUUGCUGAGUCAUUUUCUCCUUAAGGCUUUUUUUGUUCUGUCUCUCAGGUGGUUUAAUUGACAUCUAAGGCUAAAGAGAGCAAGGUUACAAGCUGCAUGAAUGUUACAUCAUUUCUUUUGAAAUGUUUGGGAGUGAAUUAUAUGUGCUGUGGACACACAAACACAAAUUCCCCCUGGCAUUUCACAUGAGAACUUUUAGCUAAGCUAGUGACUGGGGUCAGAGGAUGGCAAUGUCCUUUUUUCUACUUGUCAUUUUACUUUAGAGCAGACUACCUGAAAUGGAUGCAACUACAUUUGAGAAACUUUGGUUGAUGAUGAGACUAGAGUUUGUGUUUAGAGCUAACUAGCCAAUGUUAGCAUUCCAACAAGUUGAAACUGUCUGCGAUUAUUCAUGCAAACUCAAGACUAUUACACAUUCCUUAUCUACUUUCAAUUGUCUUCACACACUCAGAACACUGAACUGAAGAGUCGGAACAGACUUAAAGGAAACAAAAUUUCAUGAGCAGUUUUUUCCUUCAUAUUCUGGACUUCUUAAGGCAACCACAAAUUCCUGGAAAGCUUGGAAAUGAACAUGCUGUGUGUUGAGUGCAACAUAGCCACAGGUUGUGCAUGGUUUCAGAUGAUUAUCAUUUAGCCUUAAGAAAACUAUUGGCCAGCUCUUCUCGAUUACAAUGGCUCAGCCCUGUUGUUUGACUUAACCAAGAAAAGUUUCCAUUCUUUGCUGUUUUCACAUCAGAUUUGAAUGCCUCUGUCCCCUGUCUUAUACAUCUUACUUACUCUUCUCAUCCUCACUCUCAAAGUGGGCCCCAUAGAAAAAUCUAGCAGUGAGGAUCACAUGUAAGAAAGGGCAGAGGUCAGGGAGGUUUCAAGUUACACAGUUACAUGUACAAAGGAAGUAUUUUAGCACGAGCGGAAGUCAAGUCCAGGUGAAGUUUACCUCAUUAUUCCACUUUAAGAAAGAAGGAUACACGUUUAUGGAACAGCAAAGAAAGAAAGACAGGAAAGGAUGGCUGCUUAGGUUUUUAGGUAAACUCUAGACGCAGUUCUAUUUCAACACCAACGGGACCCUCAGCACAUUUGCAUUUGAGACACUCCUGUUGAAAGAAAUCUCGCCCCUCCUUCCCUCAUUCCUACAUUAUCCCUCCUGCCUCCCAUUGACUUUACAUUUUCUACAACCCCCAUUCCUCCUAUUUGUAUCUCUAGAAUCCCAACUGCACAUAUGUCAGCCCCGUAUAUAAUCAUCCCCUCUCCUUGUAUACAUUUUAUACACUGUAUACUCAACCCAGAUGCAGAUGCUGUAUACAUGCUGUAUUCCUGUCCGUCUCCAUUGUAUGCCAUCCAUAUCUAUGUAGCGUUCACUAUCUUUUAUCGACACUGUAGUCACCGUACAACUUUCUCUCAUCAUUAUUGCUCAUUCUUCUUCUGCAGUUAUUGUAUGACUCCAAUCUCUUAUUCCUGCCCAUAUUUUCCUCCAACUCUGCCACACCUCACAACACCUAUCCCAUGACACCCCCCCCCCCCCCCCCCCCCCCCAUAUUAUCAACCUCCAAUCCUCACAGAAGAAAACGUUUUUUUUCCACUCUGGAGGUCACUACAGAAAAACCUCAAAGAAGGAGGAGGUGUGUGGGAAGGAGUGGGUUGAGAAAACUGCUUACACGGUUAAUGAUGACGACAACAACGACCAAGAGAAAUGUCUGUAGUAUAAUUACAAAAAAAGGAAAAGUGCACUAUUAUGACAAUGAUAAUUAUUGCCUGUGAGAAAUACUGAUCAAUAAAUAACAGGAAAAAAUGGUG